GGCGAGGAGAAAGGAACUAGUGGCCAGAGGAGGAGGGUGGGGGGAGAGCGACACCCGUAGCUCCGCUUUACCACCGCAUUCUCGAGCGUUCGUCUCCUCGUACGGCAACUAGGCGAGCGAGAGCACACACGUCGUGUUACGCGCCGCAUACCAUUUACUUCGUGUCUCGUGUUUAACCUAGAAUACGAUUUCCCCGGGUUUUGUCAGCGCGCGUACGUGCGUUACACUAAUGACUUAGUCAUUAGUCGAUCACGAUCAACCGAUCACACCGCAGUUGUAAGUUGUGGGCAAAAAUAUCCGAGCGUCCGAGAAUCGCAGUUGUUCUUUUUUCUCUGCUCCGCCUCUACGGCGCGUAGCUCGCUUCGAGCGGCCAGUAAUACGCGCUCGCGAAUAAUCGACGAACUCUCGAAGCGUCGUUUCGCCGUGUCUCGAUCCAUGUAGCCCCCACGACACUCGAGUGAAAAGAAUAAACGCGAGAAACUCGGUGCGUCGAGCAGUCGAACGAAUCGGUUGUUUUCGCUAAGCUCGGCCAACACAUCGAGUGGAUUUCUUUUCUCGGUAGUGAAGUUGGUUUCUGUGUGGUGUUUAUACGCGGUGAGGUUACCUCGAGCCUCGAGAAUGCUGUAAACAAAAUCGACUUGGUGCCCGGUUCGUUCGUGCGCGUGGGAAAAUCCAGAAACAGGAUAAUAGACGUGUUUAAAGUGGAUGUGAGUGAUAUUAUCGACUUGUACGUUUUUUUUGUGAUUCCGUCGAAUAUUCACGGACGAAGCAGUACAGCAAAAUGAUGGGGAAGAGAACGCAGUGCUACUUGUGCGAUCUGCCCAGGAUGCCCUGGGCCAUGAUCAUGGACUAUUCGGAGCCCGUGUGCCGCGGUUGCGUGAAUUACGAAGGCGCCGACAGGAUAGACCUGGUAUUGGAAUCUGCCAAGCAGAUGAAGAAGGCUCACGGCUUUCAAGAAGCCAGAUCGUCGACGUCCAAGGGUUACAGAACUACCGGGCACACGGAACACAACGGCGCCACUAAUUUGGACGUUCUACCGAUACAGAAUACUGGUCAGAGCCAUUCAAGGCAUCACAAUAUCGCCGGCUACUCGCAGCUUCACCAUCGUAACUCCAUCACGGAAUUCAAUUCCGGCACCACCAGGCAACAGAUCUCGCGGCAACACGAGGAAACUCACGAAAUCGCUAAUGGCAUGAGGAGCAAUAACGUGAGAAUUCCGAACGCCCACCUAGCCGCUGUGGCACAUCACGUGAACCUCAGCCACAACAGAGGCAUCGCACAGCUCAAGCGGGGUAUAUCCACCAUCGACGAAGACGAACACGCGGAGAAGAGGCUUUCCUUGGAAGAACAGCAUCCGGUUAGACCGCCAUUGACCAGGGGCGAAUCCUUGCCAGCUGUAAGCCUCGCCGUCAGUUAUGUUCAGGAUCGAACCAAAGAGAAGCAUCCUGUGAGAGCACCCAGUUUCGAGACUGCCACUACAUUCAAGGCCAAUGGGGCGUACGUUGGCCCGUCUAUUCCGUUGGCGCCAGGAAAUGUGGCAGCGAAUGGCGGAGGUUCCCCUCUUCGUCCACGAACGAGCCCUCCGCCACCGCCACCACCGGCGCAGGAGGGUUCCAAUGAUAAUUCACAGUCGAAUCAUCACCAGGGUUCAACGAAUGGACCGUCCCCUAUGGCAGCGCUCAUGUCCGUUGCUGACAACCUGGCGUCGCCCGAAUCAGUGCCACAACAACCGAAUAAUCCCAGCCCGACCAGCAGAAGCCCACCGACUACUGCUGCAAACGCCCAGCAACGCAGCACCUCAAGGGGUUCGCAACACAGCCCCAACAGCUCAGGACCGUCGGGUAGGAGGUCCAGCGGUUCAAGGCACGUAUCGUCGACGACUGUGACAACAUCGACAGAAGGAGCAGUCGCCCAGGUCGCCGGGGCCGAGCAAGUGUCGGCGCCGAUACUGAAAUGUACACUGUGUCAAGAACGUCUCGAAGAUACGCACUUCGUUCAGUGCCCCAGCAUGACGCACCACAAAUUCUGCUUCCCUUGCAGCCGGGAGAGCAUAAAGAGACAGGGCGCUGGCUCAGAGGUUUAUUGUCCAAGCGGCGAGAAGUGUCCGCUGGCGAACAGCCAAGUGCCAUGGGCGUUCAUGCAAGGCGAGAUAGCCACGAUCCUGGGCGACGACACCACGGGCUCUGGUCUGAAAGUAAAGAAGGAGAGAGAAACUUAAAGAUUCUCGUUAGAGUUUAAUCGGGGCUCAAAUUUUGCACCCUCGUCGAGAGGGGUAUCAUGGUGGAACCGUGAAGGUUCACCGAAAAUAGUUUUGGUAAUGGUGAUCAAUGUUGGCGGUGUGGGCCAACAUAAUCGACUCGAGCCAAAGACGUUUGUCGGUGUAAAUUGGAUUAUCACGGGAGAUUGUCGACGUUGUCAGGGAAAGUGGACGAUUUGAGUUUCCAAGCUUUCGUCGCUUGGACUUUUUUCGAUUCACGGAGGCAACUCAAUUGUUCUCGAUCGAUCGUCUUUACGUUCGAUCGAAUUGUUUUCGACUGGUCUUGAGAAGAAGUCUUUGGCAUUUUUGCGCGCUGGCAUCGGUCCUGCACACGUGUACAUAUGGGAUUAUCGUAGAACGGUUAAAUACGCGAGGAAUAAAGGAGAAGAAAAAAAAAACGUGGUCAUUUUUUGAGAGGCGAGGGGGGGCUGGAGAGCGAAUGUGUAACGAAUACGAAGGCGGAGAAAAGUCGCGGAGAGUUGAGUUUGGGUUUGUACUUAGGCGGGAUCGCCUUUAUUUGUUUGUUGUAUCGCGAACGUUCUUGCGUUUUACUCUUUCUUUUGAAAAUACAAACGUACACACAGUCACGUAGACCUUUGUACACGUAUACAAACCUCUACACACAGACACAGACUUCUAUACACACACGCGAACGUACUUUACAGACAUACACAACCCACCCACCCACCCACAAACAAACAAGAAACACUCGAUAUCGCGCGAAGUUGGGCGGUUGUAUUGUACUUUAUUUGUACCCACGCUGCACCGCGUAAAAUCACGGGUCAAUCGAGAGGUUGGUUAGCAGCGUGUUAACCGUCGGGCAAGGAACGACGGUUGUCCUUUUCUAAUCUUUUAUUUGUAUACUCUUUCUACUGUUACACACUCGUUGUACGAUAUGGAAACUACAAGACGGCGGACAUAUUCUGACCCAGCGUACGGGUUUUUCUUGUACAUUGUGUAUAUGUGUACAUACCAUGUUAUUAAUAAAACUUACGACUAAAGGAGUAACCAUUUUUAAAUGUACAAAAGAGCAUAUUUGCAUUCGUUUUUGCGUGUGAUCUAUUAAAUUAUUAUUUAUAUUUUUUUUUUUUUUAUUUUUUUUUUCGUCUACUUCUUUUCUCGUGUUUCGGAUUCUCGCGUCUAAAAACCGUGUCGUUUUUAAGAGAACGCGUGUUAUAUAAAUAUACGUACAUACAUAUAUUUCCUUUUUUUUUUUUUCAAUUUUCGUUUCUUUCACGAGAAAUCUCGCGAAUAUCCGUUGUGUGCAUCUCUGGUGAAACUCGUAAUUACAAAAGAUUUAAAAAAGAAAAAAAAACUCGGAGAACAUUGUUAGAGCGAGGAAGGGCAGGGGAGUAACUGAGGCGAGCAUCGUUCUAAUCCAGUCAUUCUUCACGGAUCGACAUAUCCGAUCGCGGUAACGUCCACUUUCGCCUUUAGUUAAUCGCUAGACUUUAAGUGAGGGCCUUUUGGUUUUUCAUUUCUGCCGAUGGAAAGAAAAGGUAACGCCCGUCGAAUAGGAACCAUACACUCGCUAUGUCUAAAACGUAAAAAAAAAAAAGAAGCAAAAAAAAUUAAUGGAGAAUAAACAAAAAAGUGAAAAAAAGAAGAAAGGCGAGAAAGCAGACAUAGAGUUCUUGCAGGAGAAUUUUCGGGCUGCGUGCAGCAGCUCCAUUUUGUAUAUAACGUAUUUGUACAAAACGGAUCGGCACAUGACGAUAAGUUUGAGGGGGGGGGGGGUGAGCGGCGAUCGAAGAAAAAUCAUCAACGAGAACCGCGCGCGCCGCCUGGACUCUCAAGUUCUACGCUCUCUUGUAUUCGAAACGCGUUGAUUUGCCGACGCGGAACUUGAGAUCGUUUCUUCGUAGAUCGGGGGCGUCGUUUGAUAAUAUUGUUUCGAACGAGGUUAGGGCUAAACGCGGAUUACGAGCCCAAUGUGGACGCAGCGUUCUCUAAAACGACGUGAAACAAUUGCACACUGCGCGUGUACUCGUUAACGCUAAAUAUACCACGAUCGGUUUUUAAAUUUCGUAUUCGACUUCGAUGCAACUAUUUCGUGUCUCUCUCGUAAAUUUCUCUUUAUGAAUUCUUAUAUCGUAUAGGUUUAGUUAAGUAUUCUUCUUCUUCUUCUUCUUUUUUUUUUUGUCCACUUCAUUUAGGUGAUACAUAUGAAUAUAUAUCAAUUGCCAAGUAUUUAUUUAAGGUAUCAAACUGGUGUCGAAUGCAGCAGUGCUUGGUUUUUUUUUCGCAAUAACGUCCUCAAACAAAUAGAUAAGAAAUUAAUGUGAGUUACACGAGCCAAAGAACGAAGCAGAAUUUGCAUUUCAAUGCGCGGUGCACGAUGCAAAACAUACCGCGCUGCAUCACCUUAGCCUCGUGUUAAGCACACGGUGACGCAACGCGGUAUUUUAUAAACAGUUUGAAACAAUCGCACACUGCACAUUGUUGCAUGGCUUUCGUGAAACACUUUUUAGUUCGUCAUUUUACUCGACAAGUUUCUUCAAUUUGUCAAAAAGACAUUCAACGAAAAGAGUCAAAUAAGAAUGUAGUUGGUAGAAAUACGACGAUGGCUCGGUAGAAAAGCGGUGGCUAAUCCAAAGGUCUCAAAAAGCUACACGAACCAACGAAGCGUAAACCGAGUUUCAACGCGCAGCGUGCAAUGCAAGGGUAUAUAGUUCGCUGCGUCACCAUUGCGCUGAGUUUGCGCCUAGCUUAAAACGAAGCAACCGUAGAGGCUAUCUGCGUAGCGUAAGCAAACUUAUGUACCGAGGUAUCGUGCAAAAUUGAAGAGAAAAUGAAUGAGAGAAUGCGACAGAGAGAAAGAGAGAGAGAGGGAGUGAAUGCAUGCGCGUACGAGUGUGGAAACGAGAGACAGGAGGGCCGAUAAAAAGAGCACAAUUGAUCGUAGCAAUACUUACAGAGGCUGUACGUGAUAUUUUUUAGUCCGAGGCAGGUAGUUCCUACCUUUGAUGUCAAGUUGAUUACGGCACUCGUUUAAGGGUUUGCAACCCUAAUGCAAAGGGACUUUCAUUAGACGAAAGAAUAAAUUGAAGGAAAAAAAAAACGAUGAAUGGUGGAAAAACAACGACAAUUGAUACUUUCUCACGCAGAUACGAUCUCUUUGUUUGUUAACAAUUAGUGCUCUCGAUCUUCGGUCGUUGCGUUAAUCCCUUCGUGUCCUGCGUCUGAACAGAACAUUCUUUUUCUUUUUAUUAACGGAGGAUACAACGCGCUUAAGCAAAAUAAAAAUUGAUAGUAUUCAUUGUAACUUAAAAUGGUUAUUUUCGGUUACAAUUUUUAUAAUCGGUAAAAAAUACAAUGCGGUAGGCAUGGAGGGAUAAACGAAUUAAUUUUGCGAGUGAACUGCUGGAGAGCCUUUUUUUAUCUUCUCGCGGCUUGAUUUGGUCGUCGAAUUCGUCGUCUGAGCGCAGAGAUGGGCAAACAUUCGUUCGAAUACAAAAAAAAAUCAAGUAAAGAAACGAAUAAAAGAACUCUUGUAAUAUUACGUUUACGAAGUUUGCUCUAUCGAGCAGGUAUUCGGAGAAUCCUUACGCAUUUUUCAGAUCUUUUAUGCGUAGAAAGAAUUCAUGUUUCCAAGCAGACCUGGGCAAAUUUUUAUUGAAAUAAAAAUAAAAAGAUUAUCGAAACAAUGUCGUAUCAAAAGUGCCCAGGUCUCUGUUUCCAAGUAUUAGGUUGUCCCAAAAGUUUCUUUCGAUUUAUUGAUAAGUAAUGCAUGUACAAUAGUUUGUUUUAUAUUACAUUACCGAAUUGUGCACGAUUCAUUUUGCUGCGUUACUGUUACAACAUGAAUACCUAUGAAAUUAGAUCGUCUAUUUAUACAGGGUGCGGCAGAAAUAACUCCCACACUUUAAAAAACGAUCGAAAAAUAAAAAUGGUACGAGAUAACACCAGAUACUUUUUAUUUCUUGAAUCUAGAUAUAAAAAAAGUUUUUUUUUUAUUUUAUGUUUUAAAAAUUAUGUCGUCCAAAUGGUGGCCUUUACGGGCGAUACACAUUUGGACAUCAUCUGCAAAAUUUCGCGCUGACGACGCCCUGUAUGGACCGUACAAAACAUGUACGGUUUUCAAACAUCGUCCUUGGUCCUUGAAUUGAAGGAGGCCAUCCACAAGGAAAUUGAAAGAAUUUCCCCCGAAAUGCUAGCGAGAGUGAUGGAAAACUUUCAAGAACGAAUCCAAAUGUGUAUCGCCCGUAAAGGCCACCAUUUGGACGACAUAAUUUUUAAAACAUAAAGUAAAAAAUAACUUUUUUUACAUCUAGAUUUAAGAAAUAAAAAGUUUCUGGUGGUAUCUCGUUCCACUUUUUUUCAAUCGUUUUUUUUUUAACCCUCGGACACCGGGCGCUCGCAUGAACGACGGAGCCGGGUCACACUAUUCAGGAAUCGAAAUCCAAGUCCUUACGCGCUACAAAAGAAGGCUUAAAAUCAAAUUUUUCUAUGCAAAUAUUAUUAUCAUAUUAAUAAUGCCUCGUAACCAAUUGUUUUUGUUAAUAUUUUGUCCCGAAAACUACUUCUUUUGCAAUAAAGUUCGAAACGUUUCUGUCGCUAAAAGUUAGAAUAGUGGGGACGGCCGAUUGCUACGGAUCGAGUUACAAUGUAAACACAUGUCUCGACACUUUCGAUGACAGAGAAAUGAGACUUGGAAAUUAACGUCGGGAAAAUGACCCAGCGCCGGUGCCGGAGGGUUAAAAUGUGGGAGUUAUUUCUGCCGCACCCUGUAUAAACACACGACCAUAUAAAAUAAUUGAGUGCAACUCGCGAAAGAAACUUUCGGGACAACCUGAUACAAAGGACAAACCUGUAUCGACAUAGAGCUUGCGCGUACGUCAAGGUAAAUAUUUUCCAAUCGAACAUUUUCAAUCCCGCGAGUCCCCUUCGUUCGUUAGAAAUUUGUUAUUUAAACGAGAAUUUUGCCCCCGAUCUCUGCGCCGAGUGCCGAUCGUUGCUCUCUUUUUUUUUUUUUGGUAUUCGUUGUCUGUCACAGUUGGACGCGAUCGAUACGUUGGAAAACGCUUGCUCAAUUUCCUGACAACUAUUUUUGGACGAUGUUUUGCGGACGUGGAGAAAUUGGUUCCGAACACGAACGCGUUUAUUAUUCUCGGUCGGUGCGUAACGUUUCUGGCCAGUCAGCGAAUUGUAUUGCUGGCCUCUCGAUUCCUUUCGGUCAGCCAGAUGAGCGAAAUUGGACCAAUGCGCGGAGAAAAAGAAAGAUGGACGUUUCGUUGCGAAAUCGAACGCCUGCGAUAUCAGGACCGUGCCUAGGUAGCCUAGAGCCUGGGACUAUAACACGUAAAUAUGGAUGUUCUUUAGUAUAGUAAACGAUAGUAAAAUUUUACUCUCGAAUUUUUUUAGAGAAAACUGUCGGUUUGAACGCUUUGAUAACUCGGAUCGAACCGAUUCGUUAACAUUAUCUCUCGAGAUACAAACGUAACAAGGGAGUAAAUGUUUUACAGUUAAGGGGUAAUAUAUCUUGGAAUCGUUGCUUACUUUGAAAGGACGUCUAAUUUUUUUAGGUGCUCCUCGUGUCUCCCCCGCCCAGUCACGGCCCUGUACUGUAAUCGCGUUUUACCCAACGCUCUAGCGUGUCGCACGCUUGCAUUUAUCCAAUUUCAUUGUCGACGACCAAGCCACGAAACCUUUUUCACGCAACGCUUUUACUCGAAACGGAAAUCCAUGAAGCUACUCUGAAAUUCUUAAAAGCGAACCGUCGUCUCACGCACUUUUGUCUAUCGUUCGUUACGUUUUAUUUUUUACGAUUCUCGUUAUAGCUACACAGAUUACACACGAAGAAAAAGCGGAAGUACGAAACAAUACGUCGAAUAGCAAUUGUAGUAGUGGAUAAUGAAUAAAAAAAAAAAAAAAAAAAAUUUUCUAGUAUACCAUACCUCGAGAAACGCGUAACACUGUACUGUUUAUCGUAUGUAUGCAACAUGCAAAUGCAAAAAAAUAUAUGUGUUGAUGUGUAAUAA